CUCAGGCGGGUUUCUAAUUCUUGCAACAUAUUUUUAAACAAAUAUCUAUUUUCCAUUAAAUAAUACGUUUCCCAAUCGUGUUGAUAAUUUUCAAAAUUCUGACCCCACUCGAAUCGAAAACAUCUCCUUAUCAAUCAGUGAUGCAACAUUCUGAACAAUGGCCCAACAGCUCGAAACGAAAAUCCAGGAGUGGUUGAAAUGGGACCGGAACGAGAAAACCUCCUCCGAAAUCAAAAAACUGGCACAGGAGAAGAAUUACGACGAACUGUCGAAAAUUCUCCUCGAUCGGCUGUCUUUCGGGACCGCCGGUCUGAGGAGCCGAAUGGGCCCAGGUUACGCCGCUAUGAACGACCUAGUUAUAAUCCAAACGGGUCAAGGGCUGCUUAAGUACUUAGAGCACUGUGAUAAGGAUUUGUUGCACAGGAACGGGAUUGUGAUUGGUUACGACGGACGGCAUAACAGCAGAAGGUGGGCCGAACUAACCGCGGCCAUUUUCCUACAUGCUGGCCACCCUGUGCGGCUUUUUAGCAAGAUAGUACCGACUCCAUUUGUACCAUUUGCCGUCUCGAAGUAUAAAAGUGCGAUAGGGGUGAUGGUCACAGCUUCGCAUAACCCAAAAGAGGAUAAUGGAUAUAAGGUUUAUGGUCCGAACGGAUCGCAAAUUAUCUCGCCGGUGGAUAAGGACAUCCAGAGAAAUAUUCUAGAGAGUUUGGUACCACUGGACACGUCAUGGGACACAACAGUAUUAAAAAGUGGCCUUCUAACAGACCCUCUCAGUGAAACUUUGAGAGACUAUUUGAAUGUGAUCAACGACACGAUUUUGCCGCAGCAUCGCGAGCUUAAUAAAAAGGCCGAGGUACUUUUCACCUACACUGCAAUGCACGGGGUUGGUUAUAAUUACAUUAGGCAAGUUUUCGACUUGAUUGGUGUGACAAUGGUACCAGUGGAGGAGCAAAAAGACCCCCAUCCCGACUUCCCGACAGUAAAAUUCCCUAAUCCAGAGGAGGGCAAAAGUAGCUUAGAUCUUUCAUUUCGGACGGCAAACGAAAAUGGGAGCCGUGUGAUCAUAGCGAACGACCCAGAUGCUGACCGCAUGGCCGCUGCUGAGAAAAAUGCAAAGACUGAUGAGUGGAAAGUUUUCACGGGGAACGAGCUGGGGGCCCUUUUGGGUUGGUGGUGUUUGUUUUGCUUCAAAACCAAGUACCCCAGAGAGGAUUUGCAAAACACCUACAUGCUUAGUAGUACCGUAAGUUCGAUGAUUUUGCGCUCCAUGUCCAGAAAGGAAGGGUUCAACUUCAUCGAGACUUUGACUGGGUUCAAAUGGAUGGGGAACAAGUCGUACGAGCUGUUGAAGCAAGGGAAGAAAGUGAUUUUUGCGUUUGAGGAAGCUAUCGGUUUCUGCUGUGGUACUGCUGUUCUGGAUAAGGACGGCGUUUCGGCGGCUUUUCAACUUGCCACUUUGACUUCGUACUUAGCGAUGCAAAACAAGUCUCUGACUGAUAAAUUGGAGGAGAUUUAUGCCGAAUAUGGGUACCACGUGUCGCUCAAUUCGUAUUUUAUUUGUCACGAUGGGGAGAAGAUUAAGAGGAUUUUCGACCGCAUGAGGAAUCUGAACGGGAAGGCGUACCCGUCUGCCAUUCUUAAUAAUAAGUAUAAAAUUACCACAAUUAGGGAUUUGACCACUGGCUAUGAUAAUGGCCAACCUGACAAUAAAGCCAUCUUGCCAGUGUCUACAAGCAGCCAAAUGAUAACGUUCAAUUUUUCAAACGGGCUUGUUUGCACGCUUAGGACCAGCGGAACUGAACCGAAAGUCAAAUAUUACACGGAAAUGUGCGCCGAACCGGGAAAUACAAAUCGGGAAGGUGUUGUGGCGACUUUAAAGGAAAUGGUCGAUGCGAUUGUUGAGGAGUUUUUGCAACCGGUUCAAAAUGAACUGAUUCCAAAGUCGGACUAAAACAUUCCAUUUGUUGUCUUGCACCAUAGAUUAAAGAAUUCUAAAAUGUGAUCACUUGAUAUACUUAAAAUGACAUUUUUGUAUGUAUUGUUUUAAAAUAUACACCAGUUAGUAGGGA